AUGUCUCAACCAUCGAGACUUUUCCCCACUCCUUUCGACUACGACUACAUCCAACCCCUCACUCUCGUCGAGCUCCGAAUGGCAUACUACUCGGGCAAGAUCCGCGCCAAGCCCCUGUGGUGGGAGAAGAUCCGCGAUUCCGCUAUGAUCGACCACGACCGCGCCACGCACGACGGGUUCUGGGGAGGCGAGCGCCGCUCCGACGAAAGCGACAAAGAAGGACGGGCGAAGAAGUGGCCGCGAGACCCCCUUUCAGACGGACAGAUCGAGUACAUCUUCGACGAGCUCGUCUACGAAGCUUCUGUGCGCGAAAAAACCACCGGGAUAUUCGCGAGUGCUAUCAAGAAGGCGUACGAGUCGCAGUCGCUCAUCGACGGCGCGCUCAAAGCCCAGCUCGUAAAGGCAGCCUCUGCCUUCGAGAACGUCCCCGACGACGAGAAGGACUGGCACCCUGGUUCCGACAACCAGGUUCUUGACCUCGUGCACCCCUCUCUAUAUCCCAUCUGUAUCGGCCACACUCUCUUCCGUUCGUCCCCGGGCCCCCAGGGAGCAGACCCCGUGCUCACUCUGCUCGACAUCGACAAGUAUCGUCAAGCACGCCCCGACCUUGGCAGGGGCGUCCACAAAAACACAUUCUCGGAUUCUUAUCAGUGGUUGCCGACGGACUUCGCCGUCUCCGCCGCCGGCGAAGUCGCCGCACUCGGGUACAUCAACAACGCGCACCCGUCGCGGCACCACGCGUUAACCCGCCGUCACCGCGUGCUCUCCGACGUGCUCUCCGCUCCGAGGGAGGCGCCAAGCCAGCUUCCGUACGAGUGGUACGCGGGCCUCGACGCCGAGUCGCCGACGUGGGACCCGGAGGCCCCCGACCGCUACGAGCAGUGGGAGCACGAGCACAAGUGGCCGCGCAUCCCGGACCCGGCGCCGUUCACCGCGCCCUCGACGGGCCGGCGCGUCGAGCUCUCGCUCAAAGGGCGCACCGUCCAGGUGAUCGUCAAGCUCGCCGGCAUCCACCUCACGCCCGAGAAGCCCGCGUACCCCGGCGGGGCGUGGCACGUCGAGGGCAUGCUGAACGAGCGCGUCGUCGCGACGGGGCUCUACUACUACGCGACGGAGAACGUGACCGAGAGCCGGCUCGCGUUCCGCCAGCGCGUCGGCAACGGCGACGCGGGCCUCGACCUCCCGUACGAGCAGGACGACCACCGGGGGUACCGCGCCGCGUACGGGCUCGGGCGCGAUGAGCCCCUGAACCAGGUGCUCGGGCACGUCGUCGCCGCGGAGGACAAGUGCGUCGUGUUCCCGAACGUCUACCAGCACCGCGUCGACGCGUUCGAGCUCGCGGAUAAGACGCGCGCGGGGCACCGGAAGAUCCUCGCGCUCUUCUUGGUGGAUCCUCACGCGCGGGUUUUGUCGACGACGGACGUGCCGCCUCAGCAGCGCGACUGGGCGAUGAGUGAAGCGGAGAAGUCGCCAGACCUGCAGAGCUUGCCGCAGGAGCUGUUCGACAUGAUUGCUGGGUUCGCAGAGGACGGGAUGAUGUCGCGAGAGGAGGCGCAGGAGCACCGGGAGAAGCUGAUGGAGGAGAGGUCUGCGUUCGUCGACACACAGAACGAAGGGUGGUUCGAGGAGGACUUUAGCAUGUGCGAGCAUUGA